CAGCUCUGUUAGCUGCUUAAAAUACUGCAGCUGGGAAGGCUCGGGGACUGGGAGGGCAAUCAGCUGGUAGCGGCGGCAGUAAGGCACCUUGUGAUACAGCUGUUUGUUUUGCUCCCUGUCGUUUUUACCGCUUGCAAUAACGGUGCACAGGAUGGGCGAAGCGAACUCCGUUUAAGGGGCGUUUUGAUUUUCUGCGCAGCUUGAUCCGCAUCUGUUUGCGCGGGGGGGGGGGUGUUUCAUGAAACCGGCGGUAGUAGUCCUGGAAAUUUGCACUAAUUAUCUAAUUAUCUCUUCUGCUCUAGUCCUCAUGGAAUCUCCCACUGAGUCUCGCUGGCAAUUAAUGCGAUUAAACCAAAUUAAGCGAACAUUUGAUUACAUUUUGGCACCUGCACUUUUUUUUACUUUUUUUUUACGGUGAUGGAAACCUAUCUCCUGCCUUGUCAUUCUUUCAAAGCACUUUCAGUACUGGGAAUUUACACUAACAAUAAUAAGCUUGUAUGCUGUCUCACCUCAGGACCCUGGGCAGCUCAGAACAAUCCAAGAAAUUACAAUAAAAUCUAUCAAUAAAAAGUCAAAUGCUAAUUAUUUUCUCUGAAAAAAAAAAGAAUUCAUUGUUUUAUAUGAGGCAAAUAUAAAAAUACAUUUUAUCUUUUAUAGAAUGUUAUCAUUAGCUUUUGGAUUUUUUUAAAAAAAUCCUGAUUUUGCUCAUUUUAAUGGUGAUUUAAUGGUGAUUCCUUUUAAGCCACAGAGUCCUAGUGGGUUGAAUAUAUACAGUAUAUAUUUACCUUUGCAUGUUCUCAUUCCAAAGGACAUUCUAGUUGAUAACCAGUAUAUCCAAAGUUAUUCAUCUGCUAACAAAUGUUUUCUACUGUUUUAUUAAGACGAGUUGAUAAUUCUUCCAUUAGCUUAUUGCAGGGAUGAAAAAACUUGAGGUGAUGUUCAUAUUAGGAGUUAUAAGAGCAUGCUGUCAGGAUUUUCGUAAAGAGUCACAAAUGAGAGGACACAUUCAGGAUUGUUCCUCAUCCCAUCUCUAUACUACCAUCUUAUGUCUGAUAGUUUGUAAUUCUCAAUUGGGCGAAAUAUUGCAACGUAGACCAACAUUCUUUCAAUCAAUGUACCUCAGAUGAGCUAAUUUACAGAAUUUGUCCAAAAUCUGGGAGCUAUGAUUCCCAUGGGACUGAAAUUUGGCAAAGUUGUGACCACUUUAACACCACCACACCAUCCAACUGCAUUUCCCUUUUGCAUUUCCCAAAAACCAGUGGCUGCAUGGUACAAGGGAAGAUGGAAGAUGUUUCCCUACCUUCCAUUCUAUUUUCCUCUGACCCCUGUGUUUAACUGGCUGGUAGCAAGGUGAUGGCUAGGAUUAUGCUUGAAGGGGAAAUGGCAAGUUUAAGAGAAAUUCAGAAAACCAAUACUAUACGGGUUCCUCAGCCAAUUAAAGUGAUGGAUCUUCCUGGAGGUGGAGCUGCAAUUGCUAUGGAGUACAUAAAAAUGAAAAGCCUCAACAAAUAUUCCGCAAAACUUGGAGAACAAAUGGCAGAUCUUCACCUUUACAAUAAAGAAAAUGGAGAAAAGCUAAGGCAAAAAGAACAAACAAUUGGAGUAGGCCAGACAGAACCUAAUUAUGUGGAUAAAUUUGGAUUUCAUCAGGUCACCUGCUAUGGCAAUAUAACUCAGGUCAAUGAGUGGCAAAAUGACUGGCCUACUUUUUUUAUUCGACACCGCCUCCAAGCCCAAAUGGAUUUAAUAGAAAGAGAUUAUGGAGACAGAAAAGCAAGAGAGUUGUGGGAACAGCUAAAGCCAAAGAUUCCAGAAAUGUUUCAUGACUUGGAAAUAAUCCCUGCACUUGUUCAUGGUGACCUGUGGUCAGGAAAUGUAGCUGAAGAUGACUAUGGACCAAUUGUCUUUGACCCGUCUUGUUUCUAUGGCCAUUCAGAAUUUGAACUUGGAAUUGCUAUGAUGUUUGGUGGAUUUAGUAGUUCUUUCUUCUCUGCAUAUCACAGCAAAAUCCCUAAGGCUCCGGGUUUUGAGAAACGUAAUGCCCUUUAUAAGUUAUUUAAUUAUAUAAAUCACUGGAACCAUUUUGGUACACAAUAUCGGAGACCUUCUCUUACUGUAAUGCAAAGCCUUUUAAAAUAAUUGUCAUGCACAAUCAUUCUUAGUAAGUGAUUCCCUGUUUGGUACCUGCUGCUUCAAAUAUAAUGCAUCGGAAUGGUUACCUAGAAGACAGAGUUAAAUUGAUGUGGUAUGCAUCUGCUUCCUCACAAAACCUUGCAAUGGGCUUGUAAUAAUUGCACACUAUGAUUAUCAAAUAGUACACAGCUAAUUAUUUCAAAAACAGUUUAUUCUCAUGUUUCCUUAAAAGAACCUGCCCCAGUAAUAAUUCUCAUAUAUUCAAAAUACUAUUUUCAUUUUCUCCUCCACCUACAUCUAAGCCAGCUUAAAGUUGUCUGCAGGUGUUCUAGUUUAAAAAUUUUUUUUUUCUGCAGGUGUUUUAAAAUAAUGUUUUCUCUAUUUUCUCAACAAGACUUUUCCCAUAAAUAUAUGGCAUAUUUCAUUACAAUAGCUGAUGGGGUGGUUGUGGGUGUUUCCUCUCACCAAUAUUAUGACAAUAUGCUUUUCUGGUGGUUUAGGGACUGAUGGAUAACAUUUUAAUACAGUCAUCUAUCUUUGCCUUGAAUUAAACAAAUGUGGGCUUGGAAUUCAGGAUAUUACAUAUAUCUGAGUAUGCCAGAUUGGAAAUGGCUACAAUAUACCACAUAUGUACUAAUUAUGCCAUUCCCUUUUAGGAAAUCUUAUUGAUUACCUUGUGCCAGCAUGUCAAAAACAAUGUAUUAGCUGUUAGGACUUACGGAUAGUCAACUGGAAAAGACUUGUGGAAGCUCAUUUUCGUGCAUAGUAACUGCAGUGAGAUAAGUAUAUGUAUGAAGAUGGAAAGAAGCUAAAAUAUCCACGAAAGAGGAGUGGUUAGUGAAGAUGAUGAAUCUACAGAAAUGGCAAAACUUACUUGUUUGAUCAGGGAGAAGACAAGUACAAUUAUGAGUGACUUUAUGUACUUUUUGCUGAAAACUGGAAAACAAUGAAGUGGUGAUUUAUGGAGUUGAUGAUUAGAAAGGGAAGAUAUGGGAAGAAAGGAAUUAUGCUAUAACCUUGAAGGAGGAGGAUAGAAGGUAAAUAUUUUGUAACUGCUGUAAAGAUUGGAACUGAUCUUUUAUAUAUAUAUAUUCUUUUUUCCUACUUUUCUUUCUUCUACCUUUUUUUAAUUCAGUCACUUGCCCUGCUCCCUUUUUUUAGUUCUUUUUAUUUUGUUUACAUUUAUGUUUGCUUUUACCAUUGUAUAAAAUACUAAAUUUUAUACAAUAAAUUUAAUAAAGUCACAAACAUACACAAUACUUUUAAUUUUUAAUUUUUAUUCUUACUGACUCAGAAAAGAAAUCAUGGAUAAUGAAGUUUCACACUUCAUAUCUUUCCAUUUUCUCUCUGUAUAAGAAGAAUUACAUUAAAAUGUUGAAAAAUAGAGAAUAUUAGUCACUGAUUUCAAUACCACUUCAGGAUUCAUUUGACUGCUAUGCUGCAUUUAUAUACUGUAUUUCAUUUGAAAAAUUACUCUAAGGUCUCCUUUCCUUUAGAAAAUAAAUUGCAUUGUUAUUUUAUAACAAUAGAUUUUUGCAGUUUAGAAUUUCUAGCAUUUCUAAAAUACCUUUACAAAAUAGGAUGUUGAAAAUAAUUAACAACCUUUGAAAUGUAUAUUAGACAUGCCUAUAUCGUAAAUGAAAUACAAAUAAUUUUAGAGAAAAUUACUUUAUAAUAGUUGAUGGUCUCA